CUUCUGAUCUUUUUAGCUUUCGGGUUCCAGAAGAAGUUUAAGGGUUUUUUAUGCCGAUUAGAACUAAUGCCUCUGAUUGUGCGAAUCAUAUUGUAGUGCCUGUCUUCCUCUUGAUACGAUUAUAAGUUUUUCCUAUCUCGGUUCAAGCUUCAAGUUUUUGGGCAUUCUGAUCUGCCUUUUGAUUCUGCAAAGAGGUCUUUGUAAGGACAAUGGAAGCUAAUGUUGAUUCUGCAAAUGUUUCAACUACUCCAAGUAAUAUUGAUAAAGAAGUAUCCACUGAGAACAACUUUGUGAACAGUGCUGAGAUUGCGUGGCAAGAGAUGAGAAAGAAGUGGGUUGGUGAUCCAUCUAAUAGGACUUCAGAGAUGCCUGUUGAACCUGUAAUAAGCUUCAACGCUACUUAUGAAGACUUGCUCACGUCCACCACUCCUUUUCACAAGCCCAUCCCUCUAGCUGAAAUGGUGGAUUUUCUGUUUGAUAUUUGGCACGGGGAUGGUCUUUUCGAGUAGGUAACAACGAGAGGGGAUUCUCAGUAUUCUUGGUACAGAAUUUAGUUGCAGGCUCUAAUGAUCAAAUUCCAAUGUCUUUAGAAGAAACUCUGGUUUUUCAUUGACAUACCAUGAAUAUAUAACUAAACUUUGAUUAGGUGUUUUUGAGAUUCUCUUCCAUGACACUUUCACCUAAAACUAAGGAAGGCUCAUGCUCCUGUUUGAAUUA